AUGACGAUUCGUAUGGGGAAGAAGAAGAGGAGGACGACUCGCGACACAUUUAUUUCAAUGAAGAAUAAAACUCUUCGACUGAUGGAACAGGAGGGAUCACUGGAUAACUUCGAUCUUUUGGGAUUACCUCCACUGGGCGAUCUCUCCCUUGCAACAGAUGAUGCUAUCGAAAUUCUCGAGAAGCGUCUGAGCGAGCUUCGUGAGGUUUACCAUCAGUCCAAGGCGGAACUACUUUUGAUGGAGAAAAGAAGGCGCAAACGCGCGGAAAAGAGACGAGAGCGGGAACGCGCAUGUCGUGAAGCGAUGGCAAUAGAUAAGUAG